AUGGUGAAAGCACGUGGUUUUGAAUAGCUCAAUAAGGCAAUACAGUUUUCUGUUUUCUAGUUAAUUAAUGACCUUGUAAAUAGUACAUUAGCCGGUAUAUUAAGAGGAACUAGAUUGAUGUUCUGAAUGACUAGCAUUAAACAUGAGCUUUUCAAUUCGCAAUUCUCAUGUCGUUUUAUGCAACAAUGAUAGUGUUUUAAUUUAUAACCUAGAUAGCCAAAUUAGAAAUAUCAUUGCUUUACCUAAACUUGAAAGUAAAAAUGAAAUUCGAGCUCAUAACAGGGAAGAAAUCGAAACGUUUCAUAUACUAAUAUGUGUGGAAUUUUCCAAUGAUGGACAAUAUUUUUUAGUUUGUGCCAAUCGUAAACAGUUAUGUUUGUUUAAAACAGAGACCUUAGAACUUAUUUCGAAUCGAAAGAUGCAGAGAGCAGCGAGUAAAGUUAGAUUUCUUCCAAACAAUGAUAUUGUUGUAGCUGACAAAUCCGGGGAUGCUUAUUUAUUUUCAACCUCAAAACCAAAUGAAAAUGGCCAAUUACUGCUCGGUCAUUUAUCGAUGCUGCUAGAUAUUUUAGUGACAGAUGAUCAAAAAUUUAUAAUCUCGGCAGAUAGGGAUGAGAAAAUUAGAGUUUCCAUGUUUCCUAAUAGUUAUAAUAUAUUAUCUUAUUGUUUAGGUCAUAAAGACUUUGUUACCAAUAUUGCUGUUGUUCCUCAUAAUAAAAGUAUUCUCGCGUCUAGUGGAGGAGAUGGGACUUUAAUGUUUUGGGAUUUCAAGACUGGAAAGGAAUUAUUAACUGUUUAUUUCCAUGAAAAAUUAUCCCAAAGCGAUUUACUUAAAGUAAAUGAAACUUUAAAAAAACACAAUUUAGAGGAAGGUGUGACAGUUUCACCAGUGAAGCACUUAAAAUUACUACAACUCAACGAAGAAAAUUCCAUUAUUUUAAUUACUUUUUAUUGCAGUAAUGCAAUGCUAGUUUAUAGAAUAUCUGCAGAAGAAAAUAACUUAAAUGUAAAAUAUUUGUCAUUAGUUACGUUAGAACAGGAGCCUUUAGAGUGUCAGUAUCAUAAAAAUAAUUUAUGGAUUUUAAUGGAUAAAAAAAUUGAAAUUUACAAAUUUAAUGGAGAAACAUUGAUCAUUGAUUCUAAUUUAAAUAUGCAAAUUCAAACAUUAAAUGAACUUUGGAGUACACAUUACCAAGGAUUAAAUCAAACUUUGUUACCAAUACUAUACAAGAGAAAAUUCGAUAAUUUACAAGAAUACCAGGAAAGGAAAAAAUUAAGAUUAGUUAAAAAAGAUGCCUAAUCUUGAGAAGAUAUUUUUUUUUAUUACCGAAUACAAAUAUUUAUUAAUAUAAAUCAUGUUAUCC